CUUUUCCGGCUUGAUUAGCCGGAGGAGUUGAACUUGGAGUGGACAAGACGUGCGGUCGUUCGGACGGAGUGCACCUGGACGUGACGAUGAAGAAGUGGGAUCUGCUCUGCGGGCAGCUGGGCACGUGAAGUAACGGAGGUCCCGGUGGAGCCACAAGCGACAUGUUUGCCCUCAGUGAGCUUUCCUCCCUCAGUGAGACUCAGACCACCUUUAAGAUCCUGAAGCCAUGGUGGGAUGUCUUUAUGGAGUAUCUAGUCUUCGUCAUGCUCAUGGUUUCCAUUUUCGCCGGGACCUUGAUGAUCUCCAAGGACCAGGUCGUCUGCCUUCCCCAGGACUAUGACACCCCAACUAAUGCCAGCACUCCAACCCCUGGUCCUCAAACCAAGACAUCUGUCGCCCCAAAGGCGGCCCCCACCCAAGCGCCAGCCCAAGGUGGGCGCCCGACGAACCUCGACUACCAGCAGUACAUCUACAUCAGCCAUGUGUGCUACCAGAAGGCCAUCCCCUGGUACUCGCGCUACUCCGCUUACGUCAUUCUCAUCCACUCCAUCCUCUUGAUGGUCAGCAGCAACUUCUGGUUCAAGUACCCCAAGACGUCCUCCAAGAUCGAGCACUUCAUCUCCAUCCUGGGGAAGUGCUUCGAGUCACCCUGGACUUCCAAGGCUCUCUCCGAAACGGCGUGCGAGGAAUCGGAAACCUGCGCCGCCAUGGAGAGGCUCAUGUUCUCCAGCACGCCAUCCAAGAGUCGAGGGGCCAAUGUCUUCGAGCAAGGAUAUGGGAGACUGAGUAAAGAUUUGGGAGCGGGUACACCGCUAUGGGCCAGGGCCAGCAUGCCACAGCUAGCCAGAAUGAGUUGUGCUGCUGCUGCUGCUGCUCCUCCUUCUCCAGUGGACAACCCCGUGACUUCGGGACCACCUUCUAUGACGAUCCUGGACAAGAAGGACGGGGAGCAGGCCAAGGCGCUUUUUGAGAAGGUGCGCAAGUUUCGCAUGCACACGGAGGAUGGAGAUCUGGUCUACAAGAUCUACGUGGGCCAGACGCUAUUCAAGGUGCUGAAGUUCCUCCUCAUCCUGGGCUACAUGUCCACCUUUGUGAAGUCCAUCACCUUUGAGCACGUCUGUCGCCCCCACAUCCGCAACCUGACGGGCUACAGCGAGUUCUUCUGCACACACAACAUGGCCUUCAUGCUGCGCAAGCUCCUCAUCACCUACAUGGCUCUGGUCUGUCUCUAUGGACUCACCGGCAUCUACACUCUCUUCUGGAUCUUCCGCAGGUCCCUGAAGGAGUACUCCUUUGAGAAGCUGCGGGAGGAGAGCGGCUUCAGCGACGUUCCCGACGUCAAGAACGACUUUGCGUUCCUCCUUCACAUGGUGGACCAGUACGAUCAGCUCUACUCCAAACGGUUUGCCGUCUUCCUGUCGGAGGUCAGCGAGAACAAGCUUCUGGAGGAGAACCUCAACCAUGAGUGGAGCUUCGACAAGCUGCGGCAGCACGUGUGCCGCAACGUGCAGGGAAAGCUGGAGCUGCAGCUCUUCAUGCUGUCCGGCAUCCCCAAGGCCAUCUUUGAAAUGACCGACCUGGAGGUGCUCAAGUUGGAACUGAUCCCCGAAGCCAAGCUGCCCGCCAAAAUCUCCCAGAUGUCCUCCUUGCGUGAAAUCUACCUGUACCACUGUCCGGCCAAAGUGGAGCCCAUUGCCUUCAGCUUUUUGCGAGAUCACCUCAAGGUCCUUCACGUGAAGUUCACCGACAUCGACGAGAUUCCUUCGUGGAUCUACUCUCUACGGGGUCUGGAGCAGCUUUACCUGUCUGGGAAUUUGAAUUCGGAAAACAACAAGGUGAUUGCCCUGGACUCUCUGAGAGAGCUGAAGCACUUAAAGGUCCUUCAUCUGAAGAGCAACAUUACCAAGGUGCCAUCGGGGCUGGUGGAGGUGGCCAGCCAUCUGACGGGACUGUCCAUCCAGAACGAUGGCGCCAAACUGCUCGUUCUCAGCAACCUGAAGAAAGCGGGCAACUUGACGGAGCUGGAGCUGCUGCACUGCCAGCUGGAGCGCAUUCCUCACGCCAUUUUCAGCCUGUCCAACCUUCAGAAGCUGGACCUCAAGGGGAACGCCAUCUGCACCAUCGAGGAGAUUGUCAGUCUGCAGCACCUCCGGCGGCUGACCUGCCUCAAGCUCUGGCACAACAGCAUCAUCUCGGUGCCUCUGGCCAUCGCUCUGGUCCGAAAUCUCGAGUACCUCACUCUCUCCCACAACUGCCUGACCAGCGUCCCUGUGGCUCUGUUCACUCUCAAGAAGCUGAGACACCUGGACCUCGGGAGCAACCUCAUCGUCGGCCUGCCCAAGGAAGUGGGAGAGCUGGACAUGCUCAAUUACUUCUCCAUCAGCAACAACAAACUGGAGGCGGUGCCUCCCGAGUUAUUCCAGCACUGCUCCAAGCUGAAGACCCUCAGCCUAGCGGACAACUGUCUGACCGCCAUCCCACCUGACGUUGGCCUGCUCCUUCAGAUCACCUACCUGGACCUGCAAGGGAACAGUCUAGAGUCCCUGCCCGUGGAGCUGGCUGGCUGCAUCAUGCUGAAGAAAGCCGGCUUCCUCGUGGAGGAUGAGCUCUUCAACACCCUGCCCUCCGAUGUCCGGGAGAAUUUCCUGGAGACAGACUAUUCAUCCCCGGUGUGAGUCGAAAAGUGUUGGGACCUCUAGACUUGGAAGCCCUCCUUGUAGCUUUAGAUUGUGGUCUUCAGUAGCCGAGUCCAUCCCAGUAAUAGUGGACCACAAAUUCCAAGUUUAUAAGAAAAUGAGAUUCAUCCCACCGAAUCCAAAUCCAAAUGUAUGGAAAGCUGCACUGGAAGUGUUGCAGCUGGAUGGCUGGUGGUCUCAUCUUAUGGAGACAAACGAGCUGAGUCAACAACGUCCCGCUCUGAUUUAUCCUACUGAAUGUAAACUCUAUGCUGUCAAAUAUUACAACAGGGUGGAACUUGGAUCUUGGGGAGAUAAACAAGUUGUCACAUCAAAUCUGAGAUCAUUCCAAAGUGGAUUUAUUCUAAUAAAUCCAUUUCCCACUCUUGGAAGAGUGCACUGUAAAUUUUGCAUCUAGCAGGAAAUCCAGUCUUACGGACACAAAAAAGUCGUGAUAACAAAGUCCAGUUAAUUUCAACACGGAUUUAUCCCACUGAAUCCAAAUCCUGUGCUUGGAAAGGCUCACUGUAAAUUGAGCAGCAGGCUGGAAAUCGGAUCUUGUGGAGACAAACACGUUGUUGCACCAAAUUCCAGUUAAUUCCAAAAUGAAUUCAUCCCAAUAAAUCUAAAUGCCACUCUUGGAAACGUACACUGAACAUUUUGGGGUCUGGUCGGUAGUCGGAGCUUAUGGAGAGAAAGAAAUCGUGACGACAAACUCCGAGUAAUUCCGGCCUUAAUUCUAACUGAAUCCAAAUCUUAUGCUUGGAAAAGCAUCCCUGUAAAUUUUGUAGCUUGCUGAAAGUUGAAAUUUAUGGAGGCCAAGAAGCCAUGAUGACAAAAUCCAGUAAAUCCAACCCUGAAUUAUCCUACUGAAUUGAAAUCUUACAUUUGGUUUUACAUUCAAUUUUACUUUAAAUUUUGUAGCUGGUAAGAAGUCGGAUUUUAUGGAGGCAAACAAUCCAUGCUGACAAAAUCCAGUUAAUUCCUACUGGGAUUUAUCCUACUGAUUCCAAAUCCUAUGCUUGGAAAAGGUCAUUUUACAUUUUGUAGCUGGCUGGAAAUUGGAAUUUAUGGAGGCAAAGAAGCCACGAUGACAAAAUCCAGUUAAUUCCAACUGGGAUUUAUCCUACUGAAUUGAAAUACUACACUUGGAUUUAAAUUUUCUACAAACAAUUUUAAUUUGAAUUUUGUAGCUGUCUGGAAAUCGAUUUUUAUUGAGGAAAAGAAUCUAAUGACAAAGUUCAGUUAAUUCCAGAUUUGUCCUACUGAAUGUAAAUCCUGUGCUUGGAAAUGUUUACUGCAGACGUUGUAACUGGUAGAAGUCAGGUUUUGUGGAAGCAAGCAAGCCUUGAUAACCAAUUCCAGUUAAUUCCAACUGGGAUUUAUCCUACUGAUUCCAAAUCCCACACUUGGAAAAGUUCACUGUAAAUUCUGUAGCUGGCAGGAAGAUGGAAUUUAUGGAGGCAAAGAAGCCACGAUGACAAAAUCCAGUUAAUUCCAACUGGGAUUUAUCCUACUGAAUCCAAAUCCUACACUUGGAUUUACAUUAAAUUUUUACAUUCAGUUUUACUUUAAAUUUUGUAGUUGGCAAGAAGUCAGAUUUUAUGAAGGCAAAGAAUCUGAUGACAAAGUUCAGUUAAUUCCAUAUUUAUCCUACUGAAUGUAAAUCCUACGCUUGGAAAAAGUUCACUGUAAAUUCUGUAGCUGGCUGGAAGAUGGAAUGUAUGGAGGCCAAGAAGCCAUGAUGACAAAAUCUAGUAAAUCCAACCCUGAAUUAUCCUACUGAAUCCAAAUCCUACGCUUGUAUUUACAUUCAAUUUUUACAUUCAAUUUUACUUUAAAUUUUGUAGUUGGCAAGAAGUCGAAUUUUAUGGAGGCAAACAAUCCAUGCUGACAAAAUCCAGUUAAUUCCAACUGGGAUUUAUCCUACUGAUUCCAAAUCCUAUGCAUGGAAAAGGUCAUUGUAAAUUAUGUAGCUGGCUGGAAAUUGGAAUUUAUGGAGGCAAAGAAGCCACGAUGACAAAAUCCAGUUAAUUCCAAUUGGGAUUUAUCCUACUGAAAUGAAAUCCUGCACUUGGAUUUUACUUUAAAUUUUGUAGCUGUCCGGAAUUCGAUUUUUAUGUAGGCGCAGAGUCUAUGAUGACAAAGUUCAGUUCAUUCCAGAUUUAUCCUACUGAAUUGAAAUCAUGCACUUGGAUUUGCAUUAAAUUUUUACAAACAAUUUUUAUAUAAAUUUUGUAGCUGUCCAGAAUUCGAUUUUAAUGGAGGCGUAGAAUCUGUGAUGACAAAGUUCAGUUAAUUCCAGAUUCAUCCUACUGAAUGUCAAUCCCACUCUUGUUAAAUUGCACUAUAAAUACUUCAGCAGGCUUAAACUCUGCUCUCAUGGUAAGAAACAAGAUGUCACAUCAAAUGUCAUGUAAUUCCUACCUGGAUAUUUCCCACUGAAUCCAAAUCCCAUGCUUGGAUAGAUGCACUUUAAAUAUGGCGAGAGCUGGCUGGCAGUCGGACCUUCUAUUGGCAAACAAUCCCUGAUGACAAAUUCCAGUUCAUUGCCACCCAGGGUUAUCCCACCGAAUCCAAAUCCCACACUUGGAAAGGUUGCUGCUGGCUAAACUGUCCAGUCUUAAGGAGACAAACCCGUCGUGACAACAAAGUCCUGUUAGCUCCAACCGAGACUUCGGAGACUUGAUAACACCGCACCUUAAAUUUGGUAGCCGGCCGGACAUCGGAUCUUGUGGAGGCGUUCAGGUUGUGACUCUGGAAGCAGAUUGCAGUAAGAACCUCUCUCUCUCUCUCUCCUCAGGUGGACUGGCAUCUCGCCCAGGGUGUCCUUUUCUGCCUUGUGUCCAGUUUGCAGUUCUGAAAAUGGACCCGACCAUCUGUGACAAUUCAGGACCAGCCUUUGCCACGGAGAUCUGUCCGGUUUGAACUGUCCAUCGCGUCCCUUCGUUUGAUGUGUAUGGUGACUCUGGAUGAGAAAAUCUGCCACCUGGCAUCGAUGCCAUUUGAUUUUGCACAUUUUGGCCACCAAGUGUCCUUAGGCUCUCCUACUGGCUUGACAUUCUUUCAUUGUUGCCUUCAUUUUGCCGGUGCCGCCUGGGAUUUAGGGAAUAUUUGCAUUGCUAUCUUGGAGUGGAUGCCAGUUGUUUCUUUUUCCAUUUGCAUCCCAGCCCGAAGUGACCGCCUCGGCAAUUUACAAUGGAGUUCCCACAGCACCCUGUCCUAGGGGGCCGAAGGCAUUCUCGUAACUUUAAAAAUAAAUCAAAUUCCCACGGGAAAAAA